UGUUGGAUCCUUGUUACAAGUUGACAUUUUUGAGAUAUAAACUUUCCAAAAUUUAUACUCGUGAUGAGGUUGAUGAGUUGAUUGAAAAGGUGAAAGUUGUGUUAGAUAAAUUGUAUGAACAUUACUCAUCGGUUGAAUUAGCUUCAUUAAAGAAUGUUGAUGCAUCAAAAGAAGGCAUUAAUGUUGGAAAAGAAAUUUCAGAUGACCCAAAUGUUGUACUUGAUGAAGAUGUAGUGGAUUGA